AUUUUUUUUAUAAAUACAUUUAAAGUUUCUUUAUAGUAAAAAUUAAAUUUUGGUUAGCAGCACAAUUUUUGUUCAAUUAUGGUUUUUUCUCUUUGUUUUAACGACAUAUUGUUGGCUGGUUUUUAAAAUAUUAAAUAUUACAAUCACUUUGGCUCAUAUAAAACAUGGUUCGAAAUGCAAAACAGUUGGAUGCUUUCUCAGAAGAAAUUCCUAUGUUAACAUCAAAUGAUAAUGACGAUGAAAAUGUAUGUCUAGAGAAGAAAGAUAUUGAUUUAUGGAAAUUCAAGUCUGAGGCAGAUGACUUGGGAAAGUAUGAUGACUUUCACACAAUAGAUUGGUCUAGAGAUAGAGUAAGAGAUAGACUUAGGCUUCGACAAGUAAAAAAGCUCAAGCAUAAUGGAAAUUUUGUAGAAAAAAUAAAAGGUUUUCAUGAUGCAUAUUCUGGUUGGCUUAUUGCUUUUAUAGUAGGGGCAACUACUGGAUUUGUAGGUGGUAUGAUUGACAUUGGGACUGACUGGAUGAUUGAUCUUAAAGAAGGAUUUUGUAAACAUGAAUUUUGGUUUAAUAAAAAAGCGUGUUGUUGGAAUUCUGAAAUUCGUUACGGUCAACAUUAUUGUGCUAAGUGGAUGCUUUGGUCAGAUAUUUUGGGUGUUAAGAAUAUUUCUAGUUCUGGAUUAUACACCUUAAAUUUAUUUUGCUAUGUAAUGGUAGCUGUUACAUUUGCUUCUAUUUCAGUAACUCUUGUUCGGUUUUAUGCCCCCUAUUCUUGUGGUUCUGGUAUUGCUGAGAUAAAAACUAUAUUAGGUGGAUUUGUGAUAAGAGGUUUUCUUGGUUGGUGGACAUUAAUUAUUAAGAGUUUUACAUUAAUUCUAUCAGUAGCUUCUGGCUUAAAAUUAGGUAAAGAAGGUCCUAUGGUACAUGUAGCUGCUUGUAUCGGAAAUGUUCUCGCCAGAUUUUUUCCCAAAUUCUACGGUAAUGAAUCUAAAAGAAGAGAGGUUUUGUCUGCUGCAGCUGCUGCAGGUGUAUCUGUUGCAUUUGGGGCACCUGUUGGUGGAGUUCUAUUCAGUUUAGAAGAGGUCAGUUACUACUUUCCUUUAAAAACAUUAUGGCGAACAUUUUUUUGUGCAAUGAUUGCUGCUUUGACAUUUGGAUAUAUGAAUCCAUAUGGAAAUGGUACCUUUGUUAUGUUCUAUGUGAAUUACCAUAAUCCAUGGCAACCGUUUGAGCUUGUUCCAUUUAUCUUUUUAGGAGUGUUUGGAGGUUGGUUUGGAUCAAUUUUCAAUAAAUGUAAUAUAUUUUGGUGCAGACUAAGGAAAACAACACGGCUUGGAAAUCAUCCAGUGUUUGAGGUUUUAGUCACAACAGUAUUAACAGUGUUAAUCUCCUACCCAAAUGAGUUUACUAGAGACUCUGCUAGUCGUGUUAUAUACAGGCUUUUUCAAAAAUGUGGCCCAGAGGACACUUCUUCACUCUGUGACUAUAUCUAUUUUUCAAAUGGAACUCAACACCAUAUUAACAGCGAGUUCUAUCCUCACAGAAGCUUAGGUCCAGGAGUUCAUGAAGCAAUUUGGAAAUUGUUACUUGCCAUGGUGUUUACAUCAGUUUUGACUGUUUUUACUUUUGGUAUGAAGGUUCCAACAGGUGUUUUUGUUCCAAGUCUUUUUAUAGGAGCAUGUGGAGGUCGUGUUUUAGGGAUUGGAAUGGAAAUGCUUGUUGAUUCACAUUCAUCAUUCUUUCUUUGGUCUGGCGUUUGUUCUAAAAUGAAGAACCAUUGUAUUGUGCCAGGUCUAUAUGCAAUGACUGGUGCUGCAGCAACACUGGGUGGUGUUACUCGUAUGACUGUGUCAUUAGUUGUCAUUAUGUUUGAACUAACUGGAGGUUUAACUUACAUUGUUCCUCUUAUGGUUUCUAUUAUGGUAAGCAAAUGGGUUGGUGAUGCAUUAGGAACAGAAGGAAUUUAUGAUGAACAUAUACGUUUAAAUGGGUAUCCGUAUUUGGAUGUUAAAGAAGAAUUUACUCAUCCUACACUCGCAGCUGAUGUAAUGAAUCCAAGGAAAAACACAGAGUCACUAGUCUGUAUAGCAAAGAACGGAUUUACUGUAGCAGACAUUGAGAAUUUAUUGGAAGAAACAAACUUCAAUGGUUUCCCUGUCAUAAUGGAUAAAGAGUCUCAAACAUUAGCUGGCUUUGUUACAAGAAGAGAUUUAAAAGUUGCUCUGCAGUAUGGAAAAAUGCGAAAGAAAAACUUCGAUUCUGGAACACGUGUAUAUUUUUCAAAGCGUACUCCAAAAGUAGAACAAAGCAAUAGACUAACAAAGAUACCGUUAAGUUUAAGACAUAUCUUAGAUUCAAGUCCAUUUACUGUUACUGUUGCAACACCAAUGGAAACUGUAGUUGAUAUGUUUAGAAAAUUAGGAUUACGACAAUUGUUAGUUACACGAAAUGGGAAACUUCUUGGUAUAAUUACAAAAAAAGAUGUACUGAGACACAUUGCUGAAAUGAAACAUUUAGAUCCUGGUCACAUUCUCUUUAAUUAAAAGGAAUAGCUUUUUAUUUUUUUUUGUUUCAGUUGUAAUUAAUUUAUUUUCUUAUUUAAUAAUUAAUUUAUCAUGACAAAUUGAUUUGCUUUGAGUGAAUGUUUAGAUUUGUUAUUUCAAAGCUUAGAUUUUUUUAUAUCGUGAACUUUUGCAAUAAUUCAAGGUUUUUGUUUUAAGUAACGAUUUUAAAAGUGUUACAUAUAUCAAUAGAAUAUAUUUUUUUGGUUCAGCAACUGUCAAUUAUUUAAAUUAUUUUUUUAUUUUAUAUGAAUUAACUAAAAAAAAAGACAAUUAUUUACACUGUUUUAUUUUUUAUUGAACACGCUUAUUACUGUGUAAUGUUGUUAUUAUUUAAUUGUAAUAAUCUAUACUAUUGGCAGAUCUUUUAUAUGUAUUACAUUUAAUGUAAUAGAAUUUCUACAUUUUUAA